UUAAGAAUGCUGCUAAUAAAGUCUUGCACGAAGUAUGUUUAAGAUAACAAAGGAGGGAGAGGUUGAAUAAGGUCAGGGAGAGUUUGGCGCGAAAAUGACGCGAACUGUCAGACUGCGCGCGCAGCCGGUGUGCCGCAGAUCAUGUGACCGUACUUUUGAAAACAAGGACACGACCGUGAUUGGCGGAGCUGGCCACGUGACCAACGGUCGCGGGAAACCUGUAGUGUUGUGGACGAUACGGGGACAGCGAGGUUCGCCGUCAGGGCCGGGCCGAGAGGACAGCGGCAUCUCCGUCAGAGCCGGGCCGAGGGAACAGCGGGGUCUCCGUCAGGGCCGGGCCGAGGGCACAGCGGGGUCUCCGUCAGGGCCGGUCCGAACGCACAGCAGGGUCUCCGUCAGAGCCGGGCCGGAUAGUGACUUUGAGUUUUCUUCUGGCGAUGAGUUUCCGCCGAACGUGCCUAAGGGCCGGCACCAGCCCCACUCUAGCCUCGGGUUUUCCGGUACAAAAACUCAGCUUCGCAGGGAGUGACGAGGAGGAAGAGGAUAAUGGAAACAGCACCGAGGACUCUGCCUUCCAGGAGUCGCCGGACCCCGAGCGGAAAUACGGCGCGCUUGCUGCGCUCGGUCAGUGCGCGGAGGAGCUGGAGUUGGGGAACCUGAGCUGGGAGGACAGCUUCGUGAGCAGCCCGUCUCCGCUCAAGACUCGGCGGGACUACCGUGAGCGUCGGGACCUGGAGGAAUCCUCCAGUUCUCCCAUCCGUGAAAGCGGCGACCGGGAAGAAUGCAGUUCCCCAAUCCGAGAAGGAGGGGAGCAGGAGGAGUGUAGUUCCCCAAUCCCGGACUGCCCCGAUACACCGCCACAUAAAACACUCAGAAAACUGCGGCUCUUCGACACGCCCCACACCCCCAAGAGUUUGCUGUCGAAAGCAAGGGUUAGGAGUUGCCUGAGUUCCAGCUCAGUAAGACGUCGUGGAGGGGCUCUUUUCAGAAAUGUUGAGCAAUCUGAGAGAAUGCCAUGUGAUUACAACAGGAAUAAACCUCCGCAUGUCAACAUUAACCCCUUCACUCCAGACUCCAUGUACAUCCAUUCUUCAUCUGCACAAUGUAGAAGGAGGAAAAGGACCUAUUGGGAUGGGUUUCCAUGCAGAGAGAUGAUGGAUGGAAGCGAUGGGGAACUUGAUGAUGAAAGCAUUCGACCAGCAAAGAGAAUUCCAAUCACUGAAAGUAACAUGAAGUCACGAUAUACAACGGAGUUUCAUGAAUUGGAGAAGAUUGGUUCUGGAGAGUUUGGUUCCGUUUUUAAGUGCGUCAAACGACUUGAUGGUUGUAUUUAUGCAAUAAAACGCUCAAAGAAACCAUUAGCAGGUUCAGUUGAUGAACAAAAUGCUCUACGAGAAGUUUAUGCACAUGCAGUGCUAGGACAACACACACAUGUGGUUCGUUAUUAUUCAGCCUGGGCUGAAGAUGAUCAUAUGCUCAUACAAAAUGAGUAUUGUAAUGGUGGAAGCCUGUCAGAUGCAAUAUCAGACAGUAAUAGGAACCAACUGUAUUUUAAUGAACCAGAGUUAAGAGACCUGUUAUUACAGGUAGCUCGGGGUCUAAAAUAUAUUCACAGUAUGUCCCUUGUACAUAUGGAUAUAAAGCCAAGUAACAUAUUUAUAUCCAAAAAAUUAGUUACUAAUUCGGCAGCAGAUGAGAUGGAUGAAGAAGACUGCAUAUUGUCAACAAAUAUUGUAUACAAAAUAGGUACAAUUUACUUCAGAAUUCAUUUUAAGUUAAGGACCUUGUGUAAAUAAGCAAACACUUACUACUCGGUAGGAGAGUAACUGGAGGACGGAGAUUUACGAUCAUUGAUGAAUGAACCAGAGGGGAGGUGGUGAAUAAUUAUCUCGAAUGCAGCAAAUUAUAGUCUGCAAUGCCCUACCUGAAGGCUGAUGGAACCAGAUUUAAUUGUACAAGUACACAUUCCUUUAUCCAAAAUCUUUGGCGCCAGUUGUGGUUUGGUUUUCGGAAUAAAUUACAUUUUCACAGUGAAAUUUAAAAAAAGUUACCUAACAGCAGAUGCACGUGUGAAUAGUACGUACGCUGAGGCACAAUUGACACCUGCCCGUGCUAGGCCACAUCACAUCUGAGUGACGUGAUUUGAGUGGGUGUGGAGUUGGGUCACCUGUUCGCAUGCCAAAAUGACACUCCACGAAAAGGUUUCGUAUUUUGGAGC